AUGAAUAAGUGGCAGGGAUCAAGCUUGCAGGGGCACGCUGAUGCGGACUUUGCAAGCAAGGCAGCAGACCGUAGGUCGGUAUCAGGGGGGAUCGUGACUUGUGGAGGAGGCGCUGUGUCUUGGUUUUCCAGAACGCAGAAGUGUGUCACGCUUUCGACCACCGAAGCAGAGUACGUCGCCCUAGGUGACGUAGUGAAGGAGAUUUUAUUUUGUUUUUGAGGCAGAUUUGGCGUUUAAUGUUGCCGCAGGUCGGCAUGCGGUGCAUCCCCAUCUUCGAGGACAACCAGGGGCCGAUUCAACUAGCGCAGAACCCCAUCUCAAACUCGAACUCGAAGCACAUGGAUGUACGGCACCAUU